UUAAUGAAGGAUCGAUGUGGCAUGGUUGAGAGGGUCGAUCGCUUGGCGAUUGGUAUGGCGGUCACUCACGUGUUUUCACCAGGGAGGUUUUCGUCAGGUUAUCCUUACCGUUCGUUGACUUCCGUACUUUCUGAGCUUUUUUCUUCUACUUCUUUUCUUCUGUUUUUGUUUGGCUUUUUUCCGCCUCUUCCUCAUGUUUUGAACGUAAUGAAACCUCUGUAAACAUGGAAGUCGACGGGAUGGAACAGUUGUCUCAUUACGUUGGAAUUAUAAUGAACAAUUGGUACGCCUUUACUUUGGCCAUAGAUCACAAUUUUGCGGGAUGUACACCAAGAGAAACUGAAAAGAAAGUCAUAGAUUUUGUAGAUUUUAUAUCCCAGAAGCUCGCUGCUGGUACGGAUCCGAGUGACUUCAUUGUCGAUCUCGAAGAUGUUAUGGAUGCAGAAUUCCAUACAUUACUCGAAGAUGAUUCUGCACCGGCGGUUGUUGAAGCUUUAAUAGAAAUGCACCAAAUUUAUCAAACAGGUGAUCUACUUCAGAUGGAGGCAUUUAUAAGGCGACAAGGAAAGAGUACUCCUAUUCAACAAGUGUUUACUGUUCCUGAGGUACAUCAUAGAACAGCUUCUGAAUCAGUGCCUCAGCUCCAUCAUGACAAUGUUGACAGUGAAGGGUGGACUCAAGUCACACAUAGAAGACGUUAAUUUUUAAGAAUUUGAAUGAGUAACUCUGAUUAUGUUAAGAACUGUGUAAAUGAAUUUAUAAAUGCUAAUUAUGUUGUACAAAACGUAUUUAUAUUUUUAUAUAUAUGUA